UCAGACGAUGCUGGGGGGCUCCCAUCACGCAUUUCCGUAGUGCCUUGGAGCUCUUGGAAAUAUUUUGUUGACCAUACUCCUGACGAUCAGAUUGUGCCUUUCUUUUCAAAUACCCCCCUUUCCCCUGGAUUGUGGGAUCGAUCAACUACAUCAACAAUUAAAACGUCGCUGACAUUCCUGCCCCCAUUCCAGGAGCCACAUUUCCCGACUUGCAAAACUUUAAAGUAUUUUGGCAUCGUCAUCCUUGUGGGGAAAAACAAAAGAAGCCCGGUUUAUAAAGGACUAUGCUUGCGGGUUGAGUAUCCAGCGGCCAAAUCAUCAUGUCUCGGUUCUUCAUAGGUUUCUUGGUGACGGUCCUGGCCUCCCUGGCCGAGACCACAUCCGUAUUCUCACCUGCUCGGCCUCCUGCACUACCACUGGCUGUCAAAUCACCGUAUCUGAGCACUUGGCUGCCUGCUGGAAGUGAUGGUGGCAAUGGUGGCUAUCUUGCCGGGGAAUGGCCGACCUUCUGGGGCGGUCAGAUUACUGGCUGGGCUGGUAUGAUUCGUGUCGAUGGUAGUGCUUAUACCUGGAUGGGAGUUCCCGGACCGACGAAUGUGAAUCAGACUUCAUAUGAGUAUACAUCCACGAAGAGUAUUUUUACCAUGAACGUUGGGGACAAGGUGGGAAUGAACAUCACGUUUCUCUCUCCCAUCACGCCAAAUGAUCUCAAACGACAAUCUCUCGUCUUCUCCUAUGUGGAUGUGGACAUCGAAUCUCUAGAUGGCCAGGCGCACGAUGUGCAGCUGUAUGCAGACAUCUCGGCAGAAUGGGUGUCGGGAGACCGGACUACCACUGCAACGUGGGACUAUGGGGUCACCGAUAAUAAUGUCGCCUAUCACAAGGUUAGUCGCCAAACCCAACUUGCCUUCUCCGAGGUCAGUGAUCAGGGAGAAUGGGGAGAAUGGUACUGGGCAACAGACAAGAGCAAAGGCAUGACCUAUCAGUCGGGAGCGGCCGUGGAUGUCCGGGGAGCUUUUUCUGCAAACGGAACGCUAGGCGACUCGCAGGACACCGACUAUCGUGGCAUCUCAACUAACUGGCCGGUCUUUGCAUUUGCUCAUGACCUUGGAUCUGUUGAAUCAUCGGCGGGAGUUUUAUAUUCGAUUGGGCUAGCCCAGACAGACGCGAUUCAAUACGAAGGGAAUAGCAGUGGUACCACCAUUCUACCUUCUCUGUGGACCAGCUACUUCAGUACUGGGCCAGAUGCUCUGGAUUUCUUCCACCAUGACUAUGCGACAUCCUCCUCGCUUUCUUCAGACUUGGAUAGCCAGAUAGCUAAGGACUCUACUGCUGCAGCUGGCCAGAAUUACCUGUCAAUCACUUCACUCACUGUUCGUCAAGCCUUUGGUGCAACCCAGCUGUGUGGAACACCGGACAACACCUACCUUUUUAUGAAGGAGAUUUCCUCGGAUGGAAACGUGAACACAGUCGACGUCAUUUUCCCGGCGCAUCCCAUCUUUUUGUACACCAACCCAGAGCUUCUAGAUCUGUUGCUGAAGCCACUCUUUGAGAUUCAAGAAUCAGGGAACUAUCCCAAUAAUUAUGCCAUGCACGAUGUGGGGAGCCACUACCCCAACGCCACCGGCCACCCGGACGGCAAUGACGAGGCGAUGCCACUGGAAGAAUGUGGAAACAUGGUCAUCAUGGCCUUGGCAUAUGCGCAGAAAGCGGGCAAAACCGACUAUCUUUCUCAGCACUAUACCUUGCUUAACCAGUGGACGGCGUAUCUCGUGGAAGACGCAAUCUACCCAGCCAACCAGAUCUCGACAGAUGACUUUGCAGGCAGUUUAGCGAACCAGACCAACCUGGCUUUGAAAGGCAUCAUCGGAAUCGAAGCCAUGGCCGUCAUUAGCAACGCGACCGACCACUCUGACAGCGCAGCCAACUACACUGCCAUCGCUCAUAACUACAUCGACAGAUGGCAGGUUCUGGGCGUUGCGCAGGAUGCCAACCCUCCUCAUACGACGCUGGCAUAUGGCUCCAACGACACCCACGGUCUUCUUUACAAUCUGUAUGCCGAUCGGGAAUUGAACCUGAACCUGGUCCCUCAGUCAGUGUAUGACAUGCAAAGUACCUUCUACCCCACCGUAAAGAUGAAUUACGGAGUGCCUCUAGAUACUAGACAUAAUUACACGAAGAGUGAUUGGGAGAUGUUCACUGCCGCCAUUGCAUCAACCGACACUCGGGACAUGUUCAUCCAGGAGCUUGCGGAGUGGAUAAGCGCAACGCCAACAAACCGUGCGAUGACUGACCUUUACGAUACGACCAGCGGAGACUACCCGUCAAUCACCUUCAUUGCCCGACCAGUCAUGGGUGGCGCCUUUGCCUUGCUUCUGCUCAACCAAGGCGCUUGAUCCUCUCGUUCAUAUAUAUACCCAUUUGUGCGUGUGUAAUAUGCCCCUGCUUGGUUCAGUGGAUCCAAUAUUCUUUCAGCAUUCGACGUGCGGGCCACUCGUUACAUAUACAUAUUCGAGCUUGUUUAUUUUUAGCAGGGCUAUAAUCACGCCAUGCUUGUUUUCAUUGCCGUGGGCUUACAGUGCAUUU